AAUGGCCUUUGAUCUUGACUUCAAUGUGAAGGACAAAUGUUAAGGAACUCUAAUCAAAAGCCUCCAAGUCUUAUAAGUAUGAUUAAGAAGAUAUCCUAUACUAAACAGCUUAAUUUGAAUAUUUAAGGGGAGAAAAAUCAUAUAAAAAGUCACUAGAGCACUUCGACCCAAAUCUAUUGGUGUAACGUCAAGACGAAUGAACUGUUCAAUAUCAUACACCAAAUAUGUAAUCGACAUGUUGCGAAUCAAAAGCAACAUUUUAGAAGCAAAAGUUGCGGAAGAAAAAAAAUAAUAAUCAGAACAAAUUCAACAGGUCUUUGCACGGAAAAGUAAAAAUAAAAUAAACAAUUCUACUCAAUUCAAUCAUGGGUUUAUACAUCUAUGAUUCAAUAAACGACAGUUUUGUACAUUGCACGUAUUUUUUGAAAAGUCGUCGUGAGUUAAAAUAUUAAAAACUUCCUGUUUCGAUUAAUUUACAAGGAAACAAUACAGAUAAUGAUGACUGAAGAUCAAACUAAAAACGAAAAUUCCCGUGAAUCACAAUAAAACAGGCAAAGAAUACUAAUCGCGCAGUGUAUAUCUCUACAGGUCUAAUAAUAAAGAGUAUACAGAACUAGGUUGAAUUGAAUCGACACGAAAGGAAAGGAAAAAUGGUUGAAAUAUUGACACCGUUUAAUGGUCACCUCAAUAACUAAAUAUCCGUUUUACAUGAUCAACUUCCAUCUUACAGCGAGAUUUAAAAUGAGACAAAAAUUGAAGAAAAUCCUGCAUGCUGCAUUUGUUAUGCCAUGGACAACUGGUUUGAUUAAAGAAUAUCGUAACGGUGACUUUUCCAUUCAUGACGGCAGCAUUGCUGGAGUAGUUAUUUUGACAACAAUUAUUAUCAUGAUAUUUGAACUCAUGUGUUUCUUUCCUAAAACUACUUCCCGGAUAGUAAUGACUGUUUUGUUGAUCAUUGCAGUUUUCACCUUGAUUUCCCUAAGCCUUUCAGCUUGCAGGAAUAAACACUGGACAGUGCCAAGAAGUUCAAAAGGCAGUCACAGUUUGAAAUUGAAAUUCCUUUGGCUAUUUUGUGUAGCAAAUAUUACUUUCGAAAUAGUGAAAUUUGCAAUUUAUAGCAAAUGUGACCAACUUCCAGAUGUUCUACUUUAUUACAUUUCAACUUGGAUAUUUCAAAUUUUGCAAACAUUCUUCCUUCAUUACUUUUCCAAAUUCAUAUUUAAUAAUAUAUUGUGUCUUUAUUAUGGAUUUCUUGUUCUUGUUGUCACAAACUUUUCACUGUGGACACAUCGAACUAUAUUUACAUAUUAUGAAGCCAAAUCAUUUUUAAACAUCAGUGACAUAAGUGGAAAUGUAUGUAAUGAUACAAAAUCGUUUGUUCCGAUGAAACAAUUUAAACCAUUUUUAGAUCCAGUGUCUUUAGAAUACUGUCUGUUAUGUGUGAUACUCCUAUCCGAGAUGUGGCCGAGAGCAAAAUAUCCCGAACUUCAAAGUCGACAACUACAAGAGUCCUCUUCGAGGCAAGACACAGAAGAACAUCAGUGGUUAUUACGUUGCAAUAGCAAUGUUCCGACUAGAACAGUUUGGAAUAGAAAAUCCAUUAUAGUUUUAAUUAUUGGUAUCUUGUAUAUGAUUGUAUUUAUUGUUAUUCAGACAUUGUUUCUUAACAUUGAUCAACUGAGAAAUAAUUACUUGCACGUAGCUUUCGUAUUUUAUGUUUGUGGAAAUUUCAUUCGGAUACCACUUACAAUAAAGUGUUUUUACGCAUUUUCUGCACAACUCCGUCCUAAAUCAAAUGCUCAAACGGUCACAGACAUGAAACAUGUAAUUAUUUUAGUUAGUUCAAUGGCUACCUGUGGAUAUAUAAUAGCAGAAUGUGUAGAGAAUCUUCGCUACGGUGAAGUAAAAAUCAUACUUAAUGCCAUUUUCCGUGUGCUAAGCACUGUUAUGCAAACUUCAUUUAUUUUACAAAUGAAACAGUACAAACGAGUAGACAGGACAAACACUAUUAUGUCUGUACAGAAUACAUUUUUAUUCAUGUGUUGCAUAAACUUCAGUUUUUGGUUUUCAUAUACCUUUAUAUCACCACAGUAUACUGUCAGAUUGCAAAGACACUUUUUUGAAAUUGCCAGCUGGCUAAAAAUUAAACAUUUCUGGUUCCCUUUUAUUAUAUUUUACCACUUCGAGUGUUUUAUCUCAUUUUAUGACUUCUUUAGAAAAUAACAUUGUUGUUUUUGAAUUCUGACUAUUAAUAAUACGUUGCAUUAUAUUGUUCUUCUCUCAUAUACAAUAAAAGUUGAUAUUUGA